AUGAACAAUACCGAAGCUAAUACCAAUGCCACAAACAACGUACGUGGUCGUGGACGCGGUCGUGGAAAUGGACGUGGAGUCAGACGUGGACGUGGCAGACGCGCUGGCACUUUUGUGUUUGUUGUCGAUCCUACCGUUCAGCAAAACACCACUCCUGUUAACAACGGUAACACCGAAGCUGACAGUAACGCCAAUGUCAAUGAUGACGAUGAGCCUGAACAACCAUCUUCACGAAGUGAUACUGCCUUAAAGCAGCUUAUCUGGGUACAUUCGGCUGCUUUGCUGAAGGAAAAGUUAGCUCAGAAUGCUAGAACCGAUGUACUCAGGGCUUUUUUGGCAAACAUCAGCGAAAAAAGUAUGCAAAGAAAGUGGGCAGAUAUGAAGCAGUGUUUUACCAGAGUAAGAAAUGCAGCAAGAGAAACCGGAGUUGGUGGAACUGUUCCAAACAUGCCGUACUACGAGGAAAUUGCUAAGAUUACUCAGGAUAAUCCCAGCAUCCAACCUGAAGUGAUUUACAAAAGCAUCAACAUGCAAGAGAGUGGUAUUCGGUCUUACAGACGAUUUAACGACGCCAAUUUGUUGAAUACUGUUGGAUCCGAUGGCCCUGAAACAACAUACUUGGGACCAUUUGCUGAUCGAUAUCCUGCUAGAGAUUCUACCAACAACGAAGGACCUGCAGUGCCAUCAUUUUUUGAAUCAGUAUCCGCACCUCCCCCACCAACAACAGCACCAGCACCAACACCAACACUAGCAACAGCACCAACACCAACACCCACACCAACACCAACAGCCGUACCAACCUCAACACCAACAACCGAACCACCAACACCAACACCAACACUUACAUCAGCAUCUGCAGCACCAACAUCGACAGGCGUAACACCUCCACCACCACCUUCAUCCACACCUCCGCCUCCAUAUACAACCGCACCACCUCCACCUCCACCUCCAUAUACAUCCGCACAACCUCCACCUCCACCUUCUGCUCGUCAGUUGUCAGACGAGCAUAUGGCACGUGCCAGCCAACUUGGUGUAGAGAUGAUGGAUCGCAUGGCAGCAUCACAAAGGGAAGAUCGAGAACAAAGACUUCUCGAUGUUGAUAACAUGUUGCAACGUAUCAGUCAAGCAAGAAAUAGACGAGAGGCUGACAUGGAAGAGCAUAGACGUAGACGUAUGUCUGAUAUGGAGAAUAUCCUGAAUAGAUUCGCAGCCAUUCGAAGAGGUGAUAGUGGUACCAAUCUUAAUGGUUCAUCUUCUACUGACAACAAUAAUUAA